CUGUGCAGUUUCAACGGGGCUUUUCCGAAAGUCAGCCUUUAUUUUGCGGAGUUAUUUUGCUUUUCUGUAGAUAGUAAUCACACCCGCAUCGAUUAUGGACAAGUCCGAGUAUUUAACUCCGAACCCCCUUAAACACAGCAGUUUGACAAUGGUGAAAGAAACAACAACAACAACAUCAAAUCAGAUGAUGAGCUACAAAGCCUUCAGUAUGCAGCGGAUCAUUCAGAUGGUGCACAGUAUGGUGGAGAGGAGCUGCAGAAGAGCCUGCCAGUUCUUAUGCUGUCCGCUGAACAACAUGCUGUGUGACAAAUUCAUAUGCUGCCCAGAUCAAGACCAUCAUCAGCCCCCAGGGGAAAAAACAGCACAAGAGACAGUGCCACCCUGGAGUCCGCAAUCCACCAUUCUGAUUGUCAACAUCAGCAAUUCAACCUUGAUCGAUUGUGUGAUUGGGAAUGACGCCUUCCCGUCCACAGUGGCAGAAAGUCAGCCUCUAAUGCAGCGAACUGAAGACGAUGAGACAAGGUGCAGCUGCAGUCACAGACCUCAGGGGGCAGCACAGACCAACACUCCCCCUCCAGAAUCUUUUCCACUGCUUCCGUCAGAGCAAGCGAACAUCCAGAUCCACAACUCCAGCCUCAGCUGCGUCAUCAUCGGAGACAACAACUACAUGCAGGUGGAACAGAGCAACCUCAGCGACGAAGAGCUUUGAGUGUGAGACUUCAGCUUCGGCAAACUGAGCCUGUUUUCUUUAUUUAACUUUUUGUAAAAAAAAAAAAAUUAAAGUUACUCUCGACGCCCAUCUCAAUGUUGUAGAAGAAAUCAGAGGCAAUGAGACCAAAUCGCUGCCUCUGGGCUGUUUCUAAAGUUUCUACAGGUGCUGAUGGGUCAUCUUCAGAGCCUCAGAUUUCUUCUACAGAGGGACACACUGUUUUACACUUGCAUUACACCCCAGCAGCACCUAUUGUGAAUUGUUUCUUUCUUUUUGCUGUGUAGAUAUGGGGUUAAUUUGUUGUAAAGUUACAUUUGUACAGUCUGACUUAACUGCAAAGCUAUUGCUGAAUUGGACGUCUGACCCUGACGUUUGCAUUCUGAAAAACACAAGCUCACCGCAGUUUUUCCAAGUGAUUUCAACAUAGACGAACGUCAGCUCUUAGAACUCUAAAUAAAAAUUAAUGUCUUCAGGAAAGGGUUUUCCUGUUUUGCAAUGUCGGGUAUUUUGCCUUGGCCAGAUAUGCGGACCCACAGUUGACGAGGGAGCAGAUGAGGUUUUCCCACAUUAUAUUCUUGCAUCAUGCACAUGAAGAACUUGAAUUUUCUACUUACUCAUCACUCUGUGACUUUAUGUUCAGUUCCUCCUCAUGCUGGAUUGUGAUGGGGGAAAAUGUGGGGUUUAAGUGUCACCUUGUCAACUGUUCAUUGUGUUUUACAGUAUCUAAAUACUGUGUGACUGAAAUCCUUAUCAUGUCAUGAUAAUGGUGUACGGCGUUAAAGUGUAUGGCCUAUGGUCAUUUACUGUAGACUACUUUGUAGUAAUCAUGCUGGAAAUGAUUGUAAUAUGUUGCUUAUUUAUAUUUUAACGUUACUGCCUGACCUCCUUUGCUGUCCUUAUGUACAUAUAAUAUAUGUACUAAGGCUGUAGAGAAAGAGAAAUGUAUUAUUUUAUUGUAUUUUAUGCAUUAUCUUGUUUAUUUUAUUGUAACUGGUCUUCUUAUUAUUGUUAUUUUUAUUACAGUAAUUUGAUGACUAGAAUAUUGUCAGAUUCAUGCCAUUAAAGAACAUUGAACUGAAAAACCAAAUAAAAAAUUCUUAAACGUUACCAAUAUACAAUGUAGAUGAUGUGUUUAUAACAUGGCUAUGUUCCAUGUCAAGUUCACUCAGUGUUCUGCUUCCUCUUAUUAUUAUACUGAGUGACGUCAGCUGAUUUUUUUUUCUUUAUAUUGUUUGGUUCUGGAGCGCAUGUUUGAAAUGUCAAAGAUGUGUAUUUAAUAAAAAUGAA